AUGGAAACUGCCCAGAGCCUUUCUUCCCUCCCUUGUUCAUUCCAUGGCGCUUCCUCCCAACACAACUCCCAACAGCCCUGGGAGGGAGGCCAGAAGGAGAAGCACGGAAAAUGCUCCAAGGCGACUUAUUUGAUUGCAUUUCUAUCCCGCCUUUUUCUCCGAGGAGCCCAAGGUGGCACAGAUGGUUCUCUCCCUCCUCGUUUAAUCCCCACAGCAACACUGAGGUAGGUUACUCUGGCAGGCACUGAUUGACACACACACCCGACGUCACCCUUAAUGGCCGAGGGGGGAUUUGAACCCUGGUCUCCCAGGUCACAGUCCAACACUCUAGCCACUGCACCACACUGCCUCUCCUUCGACUUUGCUAUGGCAGAAAAUCCUGCCUGGAGCCUCCCAUCUUUUGGACCUGACCUUCGGCACACUUGCCCCCCCAAAAUUAGUUACCUUUGUUUGGAGGAAAAAUAUCUGCUACUUUCCCCUUUUCUUCUUCUUUUUUAAAGGCAUGCCUUCUCCAAAGUGUACAUGUGAUCUUCUCUUUUGCCCCUGGGAUAUUUCUAAUCUAACAUCCAGGCUUUUAAGGCAGAAUUUCCUAUUUGAUCUAGGAUCAAGGGGUCAGCAAACCUUUUCAGCAGGGGGCCGGUCCACUGUCCCUCAGACCUUGUGGGGGGCCAGACUAUAUUUUUUAGGGGGAGAGGGGAUGAACGAAUUCCUAUGCCCCACAAAUAACCCAGAGAUGCAUUUUAAAUAAAAGCACACAUUCUACUCAUGUAAAAACAUCAGGCAGGCCCCACAAAUAACCCAGAAAUGCAUUUUAAAUAAAAGGAUACAUUCUACUCAUGUAAAAACAUGCUGGACCAUCCGUGGGUCGGAUCUAGAAGGCGAUUGGGCUGGAUCCUGCCCCUGGGCCUUAGUUCACCUACCCAUGAUCUAGGAUUUGGUUCAAGCCCCAACAGAACCUGCCGCUCACUCAUCCCUUGAAACCUUUGUGCAACUGAUGCAAUAUGCAAUCUCCCUCCAUUCCCCAUCCUGUCUGUUUCCCCUAUGAUCUCAGGAGAACUGAAUUUAUUCUGUUUAUAAUUUGCCAGCUUGUUAAAUGCCUCCCAUGGCAGCGGUGCGGAGGAGGAAGGCCCCGCUGGAAGAUUGGUCCUUUGCAUAAAGGAGAUCCGUAGUUUUGUAUUAAGGCUGGAACUAAAUUAUUUUAGGCGUGAAGCCCAGGAGACAGCACCGCAGACUGUUCUGCCGGGAGCCCAGGGGGAUGAACUAAAUGACCUAACAGGAUUCCCCCCAUCUUUUACCCUUGACACUUCAAAGGGCUCCCUAAAGGCGGGACCCCCUAUCUGUCCUCUUUUCCAUGCAAAAACCUAAGAUCUGCCUGCUUGACAGCUUCCAAACAUCGCGUGCUGUGCGGCACCUUUCUUCCUCUAAUUCCAUCUUCCUGCAGCUGGUGACCUGUAGGAGUUUUGCAGCUGAUGGAAGCUGUAAUAAUAAUAAUAAUAAUUUUUUAUUUAUACCCCGCCCUCCCCAGCCAAGGCCGGGCUCAGGGCGGCUUACAAGCAAUAAUAAAAACAAGUUGAAUGAUUACAACUUAAAAACAAAAUUAAAAUACAACAUUAAAAUAUUGAAACAUUAAAAUAUUAAAAUGUAGCCUCAUCGCAGGAGGAGAAGGAAAAGAAAAAAGAGAGGGAGGGAAUCAAAUUGGCUCCAAGCCAAAGGCCAGGCGGAACAACUCUGUCUUACAGGCCCAGCGGAAAGAAAUCAGAUCCUGUAGGGCCCUGGUCUCAUGAGGCAGAGCGUUCCACCAGGCCGGAGCCAGUGUUGAAAAGGCCCUGGCUCUGGUUGAAGCUAAUCUAACUUCCUUAGGGCCCAGGACCACUAGGGUGUUGCUAUUUAUGGACCUUGAGGCUCUCCGUGGGGCAUACCGGGAGAGACGGUCCCGUAGGUACGAGGGUCCUAGGCCGUGAAGGGCUUUAAGGGUCAAAAGCAGCACCUUAAAUCUGACCCUGUACUCCACCGGGAGCCAGUGCAGCUGGAAAAGCACUGGGUGAAUAUGCUCCCAUGGCAGAGACCCCGUGAGGAGCCUCGCUGCAGCAUUCUGCACCUGCUGGAGUUUCUGGGACAGCUUCAAGGGCAGCCCCGAAUAACAGUAGUCAAGUAGAGCGAAUUACAGUAGUCAAGCCAGGAGGUGACCGUCGCAUGGAUCACUGUGGCCAGGUCGGGGCGGGAAACGUAAGGGACCAAGUGCUUGAUGCGGCGAAGGUGGAAAAAUGUAAUGCAGUGGUGUCAUAGACUGGCUGGAUGCAGAGAAGCUGGGGAACCCCAAAGGGAACCCCCAGGGAAGAAGGGUCUUAGAAUCAUAGAAUCAAAGAAAAGCCCCAAACGACUAGGGCCCCAAUUAUCUCAGGGACAGCCGGAUUCCUUAUGCUUCACCUCAGUCACUGAGAACCUCUGGUGGUUCCCAGCACCCCUGAGUUUUAACUAGUCUUCACUAGGGAUGUACCCUAUAGUGUGACAGGCCAAGCCCUGUGGAACUCCCUGCUACUAGAGGUUUGUCAAGGACCAGACCUCCUUUCCUUCAGAAAUCUUUUGAAAACUUUGUUUAAACAGACAACAUGAUUUUAACCAAUUAGUAUUGAUUGAUAUUCCUUGAUGUUUUAUGGAUCUUUUCUUGAUUCUCCCGUCUUUAUUUUCCCACUUGCUAUAUUUCUACAAAGGGCAGAUUAUAAAAUUUGUAAGUAAAUAAAUAAAUCAACAUGUGGCCUUCCAGCCCCCUGCAGCGCGAGAAUCUUUUUGCCCAACAACCCUGGGAGGCUCAUGCUACGGACUGAGCUAUCUGUUUGUUUGCAAGCUGUAUUGCUUCUAUCUUGCGUGUGAGGAUCUUGGUGGUCUCUCUCCCCCCCCCCCCCUCCCCGGUUAGCUUCCUUUGCUCACUGGGUGUAAGCAGCGCUGGAUUUCCCAGCUGGCAGAUGAAGAAUGUGCUUAGGGCACCAGCAAAGCAGGGUCACCCAAAAAUGAGCUUUUGUUUGUUUAUUAAGUAUCAAAUGUCUAAUUCUUAACAAACACUGAAGCAGUCUAUUACAGGGAAACUCAGAGCUUUGUUCGACUUCCUUAAGAUUUCACACUCUUGCCUCAUUUUUCUCUUCUCUUUAUAGUACUUAUCCCCACCUAAACCCAGGGAUGACCUAGCAGUGUAGAUUCAAAUAAGGCAAGAAAAUAAAUUCCUGUCAUGUGUGGCAAUAAAUCUAUGGGGGUUUGUAAAAUUUCAUGCUUCUGUUUUGCAUGACAUAUGGGGGCACUAUGGUAUUUUCAGCGCUUAGGGGUCUUAAUGCAGUCCCAGGCCAGAUUUGAAUGUGUCUGUGGGGGUCCAUAACAGUUGUCAUGCCGGGCAGCCCUGAAGGGACCUCUCUGUGUAGUUUUCAAAUUCUGCAACAACUUAAGAAGAAUUGAAAACAAAGUCUGGAGAUCACCUUCUAGUUAUGCUCCCCAAACAGUAAGGCAUUGUGGCUCUGAUCUAUGUGCAUAAUGUGAUAGGAAUUUUGAGGUCUUAGAUAUAUGGUAAUGUUCAUAAGUGUACCAACCAAGCAUGUACAUAGAUCAGCACAGGAAGACCAACCUGGAACCGUUUUGAUUCAUUUUGAGCAAAUGAUUUCUCUGCAAGGUCAAAAUGGGAAACCUCCCCAUUGUUUCUUUCCUCACAAACCCUGUCUUAAGGGUAUAUCUGUGUUUGAAUAGGGUGUGAGCCUGUGCCUGGCCCAGGAACUAAGUAUUUAUCAUUACAAAAGAGUGGCUAGGCUCCCCAGGCAAUCCAGUCAAGUAACCUGCCAGACAGGAGAUAAACAAUGACAGGAGAAAAACAACAUUCAAAUUUCUGUUUUAGACCACCUUUUCUGUGAUGUAGGUAUGAUGUAUCUGAGGGGUGGUCUUAGGUUACACCCCUUCUGUGAUGUAUGUAUGAUGUUUCUGGGGGUGGUCUUGAUCUAGGUAAAGGUAAAUGGACCCCUGACCAUUAGGUCCAGUCGUGACCGACUCUGGGGUUGCGGCACUCAUCUUGCCUUAUUGGCUGAGGGAGCUGGCGUACAGCUUCCGGGUCAUGUGGCCAGCAGGACUAAGCCACUUCUGGCGAACCAGAGCAGCGCACGGAAACGGCGUUUACCUUCCCACUGGAGCGGUACCUAUUUAUCUACUUGCACUUUGACGUGCUUUUGAACUGCUAGGUGGGCAGGAGCAGGGACCGAGCAAUGGGAGCUCACCCCGUCGCAGGGAUUCGAACCACCGACCUUCCGAUCAGCAAGUCCUAGGCUCUGUGGUUUAACCUACAGCGCCACCCGUGUCUUGAUCUACAGGGUAGCAAUUUCAAAAGUCUUUAUAAGGCCUUGUGUGCCAUUGUUAUGGGUUCCUCCUUCUUUCCUGUGAGUGAGGGGAGCACCCUGUUGCAACAGAUCAAUAAAGAUCAAGCUUACUAGCUGCUUUGCUUCUCAAUAUUCUCUGGUUGGCCUCUGUUAUUUUCUCCUACCAAUAGGGAACCUAUGUAGGGACUCUAUAUGGGCUCUUGGAUACCCCAUAAGGGAAAAAGGGCAAUUUUUGUUUACAACAAUAACGUGUGCUGGUUCAUAGUAAAAACAGAUUUCCAAAAAUGCUUUCAGUGUUCAGGUGAAAGUUUAUUUGCAUUUGCUGUUUUUUGCUUUUUUGUGUAUUUUUUAAGAGCAAUCAAAGGAGACAAAAGCUGUUUAAGGAGUUUCAGAUGCAGAUAUUUAGCAGUCGUAUCUUGCUUGGCAACCCAGUGACAGCCCAGGCCUCUCGCCUGACUCAGCUCAGUCGCUUUCAUACCGCACUAUCCAUUAGGUCAAGAAGAAGAGCAUCUACCAUCAUCUGUACAGAGGAACAUGCAGCAUGAGCAGAAGGCGGCACCGUUGGGAAGGGGUCAGCUGCUGACUCGUCAAACUCUCUUGAAGACAGCAAGUAUUCAAAGGUUUAAAAACCAAAGUACAAUACAAAAAGGAAGAUAUAAAAUUGCAAAGGAAAAACAAACCAAAUUGCCAGUCUGAGCUGCCCCAAUGGUUGUGGCAAGUACAGAAAAGAAAGAAAGAAAAGUAGAGGCUUUUGUGUCAUAACGCAUAAAGAGAAGAGUCUUAAGUUGCCAGAGAAAGAUUAUUUACAUCAGAACCUCAAAGGCAGACUUCACAAUAUUAGUCAAAGGCCAAACACGGGGGCUUUAUUUACAGAGGGCAACAUUAAAUAGCACUUUGAAGCAACGAUUGUCAGACACAGACACUGAAGUUUUUGCAGCCCGACUGAUAACACAGAGCGUUAUUGUGACCUCUGCUUCUGGCUAAUCUGGGCCAGGCCUGGCCCCAAUCCCUUUUUGGUGGGGAGAGAGGCAGCUUGGAGAUCUGCAGUGUGUGGAGGGGAGUCGGGGAUUGCACUGGGGCUGGGCUUGGUGGACCCCUGCCCUGCCAAUCGACAAGGACAUGGGCCAGCCGUGAUCAGGGCUGCUGUUAAUGUCAGUGUGUGGCAGUGGGCAAAAUCCCAAGGAGUUACUGUGGAGUCCCAGAGUGGGAAUUGUGGCUUUACCGAUUGGGAGGCGCCUAUUGCUGCCUUUGCUCCUUUCCCUUGCUCUUCCACGAAACCGGUGCUAUAUCCACACACUCAGUCUCGCUACGUGUAACUCUCCUGAGAUGGCCGCGGGACCAAAUUCUGCUAUGUAUAUUUUGCAGUCACACUUUCCAGCUGUGAAAUGUGGUAUUGGCCCCAGAACCGAAGCAUCCUAGGAAUCCUGGGUGUGGUGGGCAGAUGAGAGUAGCUUACAUACACCAUCCCUAAACUGGAUGCACUGGCUGCUGACGGGGGACAAAUCAGGGCUAGCUUCUGACCUUAGUAACCUGUGAGCAGCUCACCUCAAAGACUCCCUCCUCCCCGCGCAAGUCUUGCAGCUCAGCAGAGUUGGCCUCACCUUCUUAACUCUUCCACCUCUGCACCAAGUUCAGGAGUUGUUGAUUGCUGGUUGAAAUCUAGAGGGGAAUGAAGGCCUGGGAGGUGCAGCCCCUCUCUGGGAAGAGGCUACAAGUUGACCCCCACGUAGAAUCAUAAAGGUUGGAGGGGCCCGUAAGGGUCCUCUAGUCCAGCCCCUGCAAUCAGUAACCAUGGCUAGGCUGAAAGAAGACAAUUAAUAGGCUCUCCUAGUAACUUUGGUGGGGUGGAAGAAGGAGCCAAAAUGCCGUUCUUUCAAAAGCUGCCUAGCUGCACCCCUCAUAAUAUAUCCAUUGUCUCCCAAUCUUCCAUUGUAAACCCGGGGCAGGGGCGGGAAAAGAUACGACCCAUCACAAAACUGCUACUUUUACACCCUAGGAAAACCACUUUCCCUCCUCAGGGAGUGAAUGCCCACAGAUCAGCUGCAUAAGGAUGGUGAUGAUGACAGGCUUGCUUCAUAAUAAUUCAGCAUUUGCUUAUGCCUUGCUGCUUACAUGGAAUAAGUGCUCUUGUGAUCAGAUGCACAGUUAUAAAUGAAUAAUUACUAAGUGAAUAUUGUGUAAUUGCAGAGUGAGAGUGGGAGUCUGUUCUCCGCUAACUUCUCUUCUAAACAUUAUUUUAAAAAAUAAGAAUUGGGACUUGAUAAUCUUUGAUUACUCAGAGCUUGCUAUGCUCAAAUAAAUGGGGGCACAUUUCAUCAGGAAUGUACCCAAGACAAACCCCGAAUGCAUCCAGGGCAGUCCCUUCACAAGAAUAAAGGUAAUGCUGUAGGAUGGAUGGGCUGGGCCUGCUUCCAAAUGUGCUGGCAAACUGGGCUUUCAGGUGGUUCUUGCUUUCCAGAUACAAUAGCCUCCAGUUCACAAAAUCAUAAAUUUGUAGAGUUGGAAGGGAUCACGAAGGUCCUCUAGUCCAACCCCCUGCAAUGCAGGAAUCUUUUGCCCAGUGUGGGGCUUGAGGCCACAGCCCUGAGCUUAAGAGUCUCAUGCUCUACCAGCUGAACUAUCCCAGUUGGCUGUGAGGGGCUCUCACUCCACCUUCUCCAACUGGGUGCCCUCCAGAUAUUUUAGACCACAACUCCCAUCAGCUCCAGCCAGCACACUUGUUCUGACUGGGAACUGUAGUCCAAAACAUUUGGAGCAUUCCCAGCUGGGGAAAGCUGAAUAACUUGUGAGACCUGGCCAGAGUAAUGAGCCACCCUUUCUGGCCUCACUCUGUGUCCUCUGCAAGGCUUCAGCAUUUAUUUUCUAGCCUUCCUGUGGUCUCCUUGAAGCCCUGCCUCUGCUCAGCCCCUCUGUUUAACCAGCCUACCUCCAUGUACUCAACACCCUUUUCUCCCUAUAGCCCCUUUAAAGACUUGGGGAAGAGGGGAACAAAAGAGAAAGUUCCUCUGGCAGCAACCGCAGAAUGCCAUGACCUCCCCACUUAGCAGUGGUUCCCCAUGUGCUUGGCAAGCCUUGCUUUUCUUUCCUGUGCCCAUGCCUCUGUAAACUGAAGGGAGUGUGUCACACAAUGAAAGCUGUUGGCGCAGCAAAAGCAGCAGCCCUUAGAGAGCAACAGGAUUCUUUACAGAGUUGUUUUGGCCUUUGGAAUCAAAAGAGCAGUUUCCUUCCAGGGUAGCUGGCAUGACUCCCAACUGAAUCUGAGAAAAUAUGAGCCCCCAAGCAUCUUUCCAUAGCAUUCAUGAGCCCCUGAGCCCCUCUCAGCAACGAUACGCCCACAUCUCCACUGACAACAUUCUGCAAACACAGUGUCGCCACCACCCCUUCCUCACACAUCAUGGGGAAACUUGUAAAGUGUAGAGCUUAUAUGGUGGUCCACUUCUGCUCCUAAAUAUUAUUUUCCUGACCAGAUCUGCUCUGUUUCACAGCAACUGCCUUUCCUGGAGAGAAUUUGGACCUUGGUUUGCAUUGCGUGGCCUCAGUCCGCCAGAUUCUGACUACACACCUAUAAUCAGGGCUUCCCCCCCAGCUGGAACUCACCAGAACUCAGUUCUGGCACCUCUCAGGUGGGCACCAUUGCUUCCAGCACCUCCUUUUCUAGAAAAAUUGCACUGCCUGGAAUCAUAGAAUUGUAGAAUUGGAAGGGACCCAAUAGGUCAUCUGUUCCAACCCCCUGGGUGAAAUCGAGCAGCCGUUCUUCAGACUCACUGCCUGAGCUGGCGACUUGGUCUUUGGAGGUGCCAUUUCAGUGCUGGGAAAAGGAAGAUUCUCAGUGAGGUUUAAAGGUCUGGGAUACAAAUAUAGCAAUGAAUAAAUUCAAGAUUACAUUGAGUGAUAUAUAUGAGAGCAUUGGUUGUGGCUUACAUAGGAAGCUGCCCUAUACAGAUUCCAUAUAGCUCAAUAUUGUCUACACUGAUUGGCAGCAGCUCUCUAGGGUUUCAGGCAGAACUUUCUCCCAGUCCUGAAGAUGCCAGGGAUUGAACCUGGGAUCUUCUGCUUGCAAGGCAGAUGUUUGGCCACUAAGCUAUGGCUCCUCCCCACACUUUGCAUUUGUUUGCAUUGAAUGGCUAUAGCAAACUUAACAGCUCAGGCCAAUCAGGUAAUUCCGCCACCUUCAGUUUUCAUGAUUUUGACAUGCACACCUAGCAAAUGAAAUCGAGGCUACAGCAGGCAGGACCAGUGAGUUGCCCAGAAAUUGGAGGGCUUCCCAGGAAGAAGGAGACAUGGCCCCAACCCUUCCCAAAGGGAUCUCCUGCAUAAACCGCCCAUUCAACCUACCAUUUAAGCAACGUUUGUGUAUAAUGAACAUCGUUUGAUGUUAUUAGCUGGUCUGUGGAAGCACCAGAACCAGAGAAGCCUUUUGUUGUAGUAGUUUCAAAACAGCAGGACAUCUCCAGUCACUUAUUCUUUAUAAAAAUGACUGAGUUCUAAAAUAUUCAUUCCCUUUUGUCUGUUGAGGAAAAGGGGAGGAUUUGGUCCUUAUUACAAGAGAAAUGAGUUUCUCUAUGCAAAGCACCAGUAUAAUUUUUGAGGUACAAGAAGAGUGAAAUCUCUCCUUCAGUGAGUUUAAAAGGAGAAAUGCAUAGCUGUCAACUUUCAGAUUUGAAAAUAAGGGAUCAGCAGCCUCACCUGUCCCGGGAACAGUCUACGGGAUAUCUAAUAAUCCGGGAUAGCAGCGGGAAGCGGCGCUGGAAUAAGGGAAUUUUCCGCAUAAAAAGGGAAGGUUGACAGCUAUGGAAAUGGGGUUGGUUAUUUUACUCUCAAAAUGUACUUGUAUGCACCAGCGGAGCUCCCUGUGUGGACACACACUCCCCACUUUCUAACAAAUGGGAUAAAAGAAGCAACUUCUCUGGCUCAGAUAGGAGAUGGUUCCUUUAUGAAGGUGUUGCUUUCUGGGUAUUGUGACACAGAAACCUGAUCUACUCCAUGUGAGCAGCUCUCGCCCAUUUCAGUGUGUCUUGUGCAGGAGAACAUGCACGUAGAUUGUGCCCAAAUAGAUUUGCAUUACCCUUGUGAUUCUUUGCAUGGACAUGUUCACACGAGAGCAAAAGGCCAUUGAUUAAGUCUCCCUAACUGGCCAGUGGCAGAGGUAAUGCAUAGGGGACUCUUGUCAAUUUCAGUUUCUCUCUGUUAUUCCAAUCUUAAAUCCAGUUCUUCACAUUUCCACAUCAGUUUGCAAUGUAUUUUUUAAGGCCUGCUGGAAAUUCAUUAGCAUUUUAGUGUGAAUUUCCUCUAACACGCACAUUUCUGUAUGCCAUUUUGCCUAAUAACAAAUUUUAGCAAAGCAUAUUUUCUUCAAACACAACACAUAUUUGUAUGUUAUUUUUACUAGUCUAUGCAUAGGUACAGUAUGCACAACUUUACCUCUGUAGAUGCAUUACUGUACACACCACUUUCUAAGAAAACUGCAAUGCAAAAUUUGGAGGAUAGUUGUUCUUCAAUUUGUAUAUUGUUUUGGGAAGUGUGAAUUGGUAGUGUUGCCUUUCAGUGCAAACUGAAUCAUAUUUCUUCCCCCAUCUCUAGUGCUAGAACACACAAAUUUGUUCUGGAGUGGGAAAUAGCAGGGGUUGAAGUGUUAAAGUCUCCUGCAACACCCCCAAGAAUCCUGAUCUGGAUUGUUUCCCCCACCCACAGCACCCCAGCAACACCCACAGAAAAAACCCCACCCACAAAAUAACCCCACCAUUCACACUUUUGCUAAUUGUGCAAUGGUGUCGUGCUUAGUUUGGCCCCAGCGCUAGUGAAGGAUCACACUUGUGUGUAACCUAAUCCUAACUGUUCUUUUCUUAACUUUAGAAAAACCUACUUCUGGUGGGGCAAUAAGAGAAGUGGCUUCACAUAUCCACCUAACAUUUUCACCUUUCUUAAAUCACCCCGCAAAUGUUUCUUCUUCUUGCUGAGUCUCAAAAUGCAGAACAAAGAACAAUGUUCAACUACCAGAGUGGAGGCUCGGAUUGGAACAGGGAACUAACUGACUGGCAGGGAAAGUGUUAAACACGGCUCAGCCCCCCAAUUUUCUCAGUCCUGGUCACUCCACCAGAAGCAGCAGCUUCAUUUUCAGAUGAGGUGAAACUGCCAUGAUGUGCCUGUAAUGCUCAGCAUGGCUUGAAGAAUUUAAGGGCAGGAGCAUCCAGAUGUCUUGGACCACAACUCCCAUCAGCCCCAACCAGCAUGGCUAAUGGGCAGGAAUGAUGGAAACUGUAGUCAGACUACACCUGGCUGUCCCCAACCCUGCCUGGGAGGAACAAAGAUUGCAGCAGACCUCUUUGGUGGGUCCCCAGCCACUGCCCCCCCCCCCCGGAUCCGGCCAAACAAAGGAAAACACUAACGGCUCUAAUUAACUUCCGUUGGAAAUCUGUAUCUGUGUCCCAGCCAAGCAUCGCGAGUGAUGCUCAGAUCACUUCUAAAUGUGAAUGCAGUAGAGAGAGCAGAGGCAGGCCAUUUCUGUGCAGAACCUGCACCCCCAUCCAAGUGGCUCUCAAAAGCAAUUUACAGCUGCAGCAAAUUUUACAAUCACUUGUGAAAACACCUCAAGCGUGAUAAAAUCCCUUAAUAGUGCAGUAAGUGAGAAAAUAGUAUUUUUGUAAGCUUUCCAUCGUAUUAUCUGUUGUGAUUACACAAGUGACAUUAUCGGCAGUGUUUGUGGCUGUCUUGAUAGUCCAGACAACCAAACUAGCACUUACGUGGCUGAAAUGGAGUUAUCGUAAUACAUAUUUUCCUUAAUGUAGUGCAGGUGGAACUUGGGAGUAUCUGAUUUAUUUCCCACUAGGGCAUCAGCACUUUACCAGCAGCUGGAACAGAGAGGGCCUCUCUAGAUCUGAUGGAGCUGCUGGGUGGCCACAACUGACCAUCUAAGGACAAGAAGCUCCCUUAGAUCAAGCCAGGUCCCUGAUACACCUCACCAAGCUUCAGCCACUGCAACUGGCAACAGAUCUCAGAGGCGUCAUCAGGUGAGAGACCUCCUUUGGUCCUGUGACCUGGUGUCCUUUUCUCACCCGAGACACCUCAAAUUGAUCCCUGGAUCAUGUGCAUGCAAAGCACAUGCUCUACCCCCGAGGAGACGUGUGCGUGCGUGGGGAUAUUGCAGCCCAUAAAUCUAAGCGGGUUUCAAUCCAGAACCAGUAGACAGUCCUCAAAACAAGGGAAAUCAUUCCACCAUUUGUUAGCCUGGAUUGUGAACCGGGGACCAGCCCCCUGCUCAUUUUGAAGCCUGGAGCAGAAAAUCCACAGGGUACCCCCAGUACGUUGAGAAGUUCUCCUGCACAAGCCCCAUCAAAAAGAAUAUGAGAUGUGCAAGAGACUCACCAUCCUCUUGUACACCUCACAGCGACUUCCAAUGAGGAAGAGCUUCUUGGUGGAUUGUGCCCCAGGGGUCAGCUCUGUUCUCUUCCCCUUUGCCAGCCUAAUGGCACCUGCCCAACCUUGUUCCACCUGCAGGGCAAUCCGCUGGCACAGGGGGAGCCAGUCCUUAUAUUAAAACACCCACCUUCCCCAAAGGCAUUUAGUGUCACUCGUUCGUACGGAAAGGAGGUCCCUGGUGCUCAGCUGGCUCCUGGGUCAGAUCCUUGCCCAAGAAAUCCCACACCCUUCUCCAAGGGCAUCUCGGCAGCCGAAACAGCUUGUCUGCUUCAAAGUCCAGAGCAAUUUCCGUCAGAGAUUAAUAGCGGCAAUUGGAUCAAGCAACCAAAAAACCAGUCCAACCUCCCGUUCCGCAGGUUCCCUGCUUCAGCAAGGGAUCAGCACUCUCCCCAGUGCACACCAUUAUUUCUGAAAGUGACCCGCUGUGCACUAGAAAGCAGUCCAUGGGAAACUUCCACGCAUGGGCCUGACGUGGCUUGGGACGUUUGCGCUGUGAAGUGGCUGGCAUUCAGUGGCAAGCACCUCUCCGUCCCAAAGGGAGCAUUUAAAAGGACAGACUAUCUUGGUUAUAUCCUUGGAUUCGUGGCUGGGAGGAGGGUUGUCUCACAAAUCCUCAGAAAGCAUUUCCUCACCUUCCCAAGCAAAUCCCAUGGGGGAAAAACAUUCCAGGGUCCUCAGCCUCUCUUUUUCGCCGUCCAAAGAGAUGCCACUGUAAGGAGAAGUUUUCCCUGUGGUGGCAAGAGCAGAGGGAGUAGCGGAAGGCAAGAGGAAGAAGAAAAAGAGGAGAAAGGAGGAGGAAGAAGAAGAGGAGGAGGAAGAAGAGCAGGGAGAAGCAUCCAGGAGAGGACCUCAAGACUCUGUCUUCUCUUUCUUUUUGCUCUUUUUCAGAAAGGAGGGGGCCCGGAAUUUCUUUUUCUUCUUUGAAGGAGACUUGGAUGGGGAGCCCUCGGGUGACACAGGUCCACUGGUGACCGUCUCUGUUUUGUCCUUAGGGGCGUCGGUGUCUGCGUUGGUGGUCAUCUGGCUCAUUCCUUUGCUGAGCAGGUCCUCUAUGUUUUGAUCAUCGUCCUUGCCGUUCACCACCACUGUGCCUGGGUCGUCCGCCUUCUGGUCAGCUUCGGCAGGCGCCUGGCCACCGUCCGCCUUCUUCCCACCUUUCCAAAAGAAACAAGAAAUGAGAGCUGAAGAUUCAACUGAUGUCGUCUUUGGAUUGCACCAGGAGUGAUGCAAAACAAGUAGUUCAAGUGCAAGACAUAGACGGGAGAGACCUGCUCAGCCAGGAGGCUCACUGGGUGACCUUGGGGCCAGUCCCUGUCUCUCAUCCUGAUCUACCUCACGGGGUUGUUCUGCAGAAAGGGGCACAGGGGUGUGUGUGAAACAAUAAUAAAGGGCUAGAACAGAUGGGUGACAAUACGAUUGGGAGUGAGGGGAUGGAGAGAAUAAAUAAGGUGCGUUCAAGAAAACAAACACCAGUAACUAAUAUUGCUUCCUCACC